GCGGAGCUUGAAACUGACUGGAAACUUCCGUGGCUCCGCGACUUGCCAGUUUCACCCCGGGACCUUUUCUUUGCUGGAGGAGUAGAGAAGGGGUGCAAGAGCCCCCGUUUGCUCUUUUCUCCCCCUCCUCCUCGUCUCCACGUCGCCUUCCCCUUCUUGGAGCGGGCAGCUGCGGGCGGGCCACCCCGCGCCUUCCUAAGGGCUCGCCGCCGCAGCCGGGUGACGCGCCAGCCUCCCCGGGCGCCGCUCGCUCCGCGUCCGGGCAGCCGAGAGGAGAGGAGCCCGCGCCUCGAGUCUCCGAGCCGCCGCGGCUUCUCGCCUUCCCCAGCCACCCGCCCCCUGCCCGCGCAUGAAUCUCCUGGACCCCUUCAUGAAGAUGACCGACGAGCAGGAGAAGGGCCUGUCCGGCGCCCCCAGCCCCACCAUGUCCGAGGACUCGGCUGGCUCGCCCUGCCCUUCGGGCUCCGGCUCUGACACCGAGAACACGCGGCCCCAGGAGAACACGUUCCCCAAGGGCGAGCCGGACCUGAAGAAGGAGAGCGAGGAGGACAAAUUCCCCGUGUGCAUCCGCGAGGCCGUCAGCCAGGUGCUCAAGGGCUACGACUGGACGCUGGUGCCCAUGCCGGUGCGCGUCAACGGCUCCAGCAAGAACAAGCCGCACGUCAAGCGGCCCAUGAACGCCUUCAUGGUGUGGGCGCAGGCGGCGCGCAGGAAGCUCGCCGACCAGUACCCGCACCUGCACAACGCCGAGCUCAGCAAGACGCUGGGCAAGCUCUGGAGGCUGCUGAACGAGAGCGAGAAGCGACCCUUCGUGGAGGAGGCGGAGCGUCUGCGCGUGCAGCACAAGAAGGACCACCCGGAUUACAAGUACCAGCCGCGGCGGAGGAAGUCGGUGAAGAACGGGCAGGCGGAGGCCGAGGAGGCCACCGAGCAGACGCACAUCUCCCCCAACGCCAUCUUCAAGGCGCUGCAGGCCGACUCGCCGCACUCCUCCUCGGGCAUGAGCGAGGUGCACUCCCCCGGCGAGCACUCGGGGCAAUCCCAGGGUCCACCGACCCCACCCACCACCCCCAAAACCGACGUGCAGCCGGGCAAGGCUGACCUGAAGCGAGAGGGGCGCUCCCUGCCAGAGGGGGGCCGACAGCCCCCCAUCGACUUCCGCGACGUGGACAUCGGCGAGCUCAGCAGCGACGUCAUCUCCAACAUCGAGACCUUCGACGUCAACGAAUUUGACCAGUACCUGCCGCCCAACGGCCACCCGGGGGUGCCGGCCACGCACGGCCAGGUCACCUACACGGGCAGCUACGGCAUCAGCAGCACGGCGGCGGCCACCCCGGCGGGCGCGGGCCACGUGUGGAUGUCCAAGCAGCAGGCGCCGCCUCCGCCCCCUCAGCAGCCCCCGCAGGCCCCGCCGGCCCCCCAGGCGCCCCCGCAGCAGCCGCCGGCGCCCCCGCAGCAACAGGCGGCGCCCGCGCAGCAGCCGCAGGCGCACGCGCUGACCCCGCUGAGCGGCGAGCCGGGCCAGGCGCAGCGAACGCACAUCAAGACGGAGCAGCUGAGCCCCAGCCACUACAGCGAGCAGCAGCAGCACUCGCCGCAGCAGAUCGCCUACAGCCCCUUCACCCUCCCGCACUACAGCCCCUCCUACCCGCCCAUCACCCGCUCGCAGUACGACUACGCCGACCACCAGAACUCCGGCUCCUACUACAGCCACGCGGCGGGCCAGGGCUCCGGCCUCUACUCCACCUUCACUUACAUGAACCCCGCGCAGCGGCCCAUGUACACCCCCAUCGCCGACACCUCCGGGGUCCCCUCCAUCCCGCAGACGCACAGCCCCCAGCACUGGGAACAGCCGGUCUACACACAGCUCACCAGACCCUGAGGAGAACAAAGGGUGAUGAUGGCCGAGAUGAUAAUAAAAAUAACCGAAGAAAUAACCAACCAGAAUUUCCUUGGGACAUUGUUUUUUGUUUUUUUUUUUUUUUUUGUUCGUUUUUUUCUCAUUCCUUAAAGACACUUAAGCUAAAGGCAACUCGUACACAAAUUCCGAGACAGAAACCUUUUUCGAGCCAAACGCGCGCGUUACCGACUUCUUGCGAAUCGGUGGCCGAGCUGCUCUAGGUCGGAUGGACCUGCAGAAGCGUCGGGAGAGUGGACUUUCAACACCCUUCUGCAAAGCCAGCGUUGGAGGAUGAUGGAGAAUCGUGUGACCAGUUUGCUCAAUCUCUCUGCCUGUUUGGACUUUGUAAUUAUUUUUUAGCAGUAAUUAAAGAAGAAAGUCCUCUGUGAGGAAUAUUCUCUAUUUUAAAUAUUUUUAGUAUGUACUGUGUAUGAUUCGUUACCAUUUUGAGGGGAUUUAUACAUAUUUUAGAUAAAAAAUUAAAUGCUCUUAUUUUUCCAACAGCUAAACUACUCUUAGUUGAACAGUGUGCCCUAGCUCUUCUUGCAACCAGAGUAUUUUUGUACAGAUUUGCUUUCUCUUACAAAAGGAAAAAAAAAAGUGUAUGUGUUGGUGCAUUAACAUUAAAAAAAAAACUGAAAUUGUGUUACGUGAUCAGUUUUGGGGGAUCGCUUUGCUUAAUUUCCGCAGGAGAAGCUGCCUUAAAAAGAAAAAUAAAGGCCUUAUUUUGCAAAUACGGAAGAAAACAAUAGUCUAGAGAAGCAUUUGGUAAGCUUUAUCACAUAUAUAUUUUUUAAACAAGAAAAACACUUUGAGCCUUAAAACAAUGCUGCUGGAAGAUGCAUGUGCUCUCUUUUACUGCAUUUCCUCCUGCCUUUGCUUGGUUGCUCCAAUUUUAACAAAAAAGCAAAAGCCAAGCAAAGGGGACAAAACCUGUUUGGGGAAUGUCUCGGCAGCCAGUAAGUGCCCCGAAUGCAGUGGUCCUUGUGUGCUUGCCCUGGCAUAUGGGAUGCAGAUGCUGGGGUCAGAGCUCUGAGACUGUCACCUGUGACUCUCUGAACACCAGCAGUUACCCUUCAAGACAUUCCACGUGCUAAAACUAUUUAUUUUGUAAGGAGAGGUUCUAAUUGAAAAUAUCUUGCUCUUUUCUCUUUUUAAUUUACCUUCUUUAAAAUAGGUUGUUGGAGCCUUCCCCAAAGGGUAGGGUCAUCUGUUAUUAAAUUAUGUUCUUAACUGUAACCAAUUUUUUAUUUAUCUCUUUAAUCUUUUUUUUUUUAUUAUUAUUAAAAACAAGUUUCUCUGGAUUCCUUGGCCUAGAUUUGUACAAAUGCCUUUUUGUUCACCUUUUUUUUUCUUUGUUGUUUUUGUUGAAAACAAACUGGAAACUUGUUUCUCUUUUUGUACAAAUGAGAGGUUGCAAAUGUAGUGUAUCACUGAGUCAUUUGCAGUGUUUUCUGCCACAGAUCUUUGGGCUGCCUAAAUUGUGUGUGUGUGUAUGUGUGUGUGUUGUGACACAAAACAGUGCAAGCGUGUGUCAUCAGUAUUUCUGGGCACGCUCUCUUGCAGAGGAGUAGGAGGGGAGGAGGCUAGCCUGCAGACUUACUUGCUGCUGUGGCUGGAGCGUUUGAGGAUUGCUUUUUAAAAAAGACAGCAAACUUUUUUUUAUAUUUAAAAAAAGAUAUAUUAACAGUUUUAGAAGUCAGUAGAAUAAAAUCUUAAAGCACUCUUAUAAUAUGGCAUCUUUCAAUUUCUGUAUAAAAGCAGAUCUUUAAAAAAAAUAUUUCUGUAACUUAAGAAACCUGGCAUUUGAAUCAUAUUUUGUCUUUAGGUAGGGUUUGGUUUGUGUUUGUGUUUUGUUUGUUUCGCUUGUCUCCCCCUCCCCAAACCUUUUGUUCUCUCUGUGAAACUUACCUUUCCU